GGUCUAGUCCAGUCUUGGCUCAACUUUCGAAUCGACAGUAGCAAAAGCGUAUCACUUUUUGGGGGUUGGUUAUGUGCAAUAAAUAAAUAAGUGGAUUAAAAAGUGUUCAAGAUAAACCUGUCAGUGCAUCAUUCGGUUGUGUUGAAAAACUGUGAUAUCUGCAUUUUAUACUUUCCUCAGGAGAGGAGGUUCAUCAUUUCGGGAUGAAAUCGUUCGUGGUGUUAGCAUCGUUAUGCAUGCUUAUCGGCGAGAUAAGUGCACAAUUCGGAGGAAUGGCGUCCUACGGUUUGCCACCCCAACAAUCAGCCCCCUCUUCCGGGUAUGGGGCACCCUCCGGGGGCCAGAUUCAUAAACACGUGUUUGUCCACGUGGCACCCGACGAGCCGCCAGAACCACGCCCAUCCCGACCCUAUAAACCACCCCCACCACCAGAAAAGCACUACAAAAUCUUAUUCAUCAAGGCCCCCACGCCACCACCGCAAGAACAGCAAGAAAUCGAUCUCCCACCAUUCCCUGAACAAAAGACGUUGGUCUACGUCCUCCUCAAGAAGCCUCCUCCAGUACCGGAAGUCAAGAUUAACCCUGCCCCACCAACCAAGCCAAGCAAACCGGAAGUGUACUUCAUCCGUUACAAGAAUCAGGAGCAGGGAGGAUACGGAGCCCCACAGCCUCCUCAGUCAGGAUACGGUUCGCCAUCUCCAGCACAACCCCCCUCUUCCCAAUAUGGGUCGUCCUUCUAAACUUUGGUGUUUUCAAGAUGAAGAAGAAUAAUCAACCAGAGUGAAUAGUGAACGAGUCGCUGUAUACGAAUAUUACAUUAUCUUCUUGACCUUUUGACUUUGCUCAGUUUUUUAUCGUGUAUCUUAUUAUCUUAUUACAAAUUGAUGUUUUUUAUAUUUUUGUAAAAAUGAAGAAAAAAACUUGUAUUAUUAUUAAACAACAUUGAGUCUAAUACUGCUUAAUUGAAGAGUAGGAUUUACAUAAGUACAUUAAUUAACAUUAAGCUUUCUUGGUUGAUUACAGCAUGUAAUUUAUGUACAUGGAUUUAAACCAGGCUACCUGAUUUCCAUAUUGAUGCACAUGUCAAUUAGUCUUCUUCUGACUCUGAACGAUUAUGCAGAUACAUAAGUUUCGCUUAUCGGACACAAUAUUGUUUAUCCAAGCUAAAAUUGUCUACAUUUGGUGCAAUGCCCUUAUCAAGUCUGCAGUGUAGUUAUUCAUGUAUGAAACGUUGACCUGAAAGAAAUAUGCUGAAAAUAAAAAUAAACAUUCCGCAACACGA